GUUGUGACACAUAGAAGUAAGUCCAUUAUCAUACCAACGUACAGAUUUAAAUUGUGAUCUCGAUCAUAUCAAAAUUUCCUAUAUAAAGUUUAAGGUUUCGACAGUUUUUUCUUUUUGAAACGUCUUAUAGAGAAAAAAAAAAAAGGUUUUUUUUUUCUUCAGAAUAUGAAUAACAACACGUUGGAAAACUCGUUUAGUACGAGUUAUGAAGAACUUAAUUUUAUAGAAAAAGCAUGGACGGAUUAUUUUAAUUUAUUUGAAAAGGAAGCGAUAGCGACAGCAAUAAUCGCUUUUGUUUUGCAUGAAAUUGUUUAUUUUGGUCGUUGUGUUCCGUUUAUUAUCGCAGACUAUAUACCAAGUUUCGCCAAGUAUAAAUUGCAACCAGCCAAAGUUAAUACGGCAAAAGAACAAUGGAUAUGUUUAAAGUCAGUGUUAACUAGUCAUUUUUUAAUGGAAUUACCAUUAAUUUUUGGAUUUCAUCCUAUAGCAACAUUCUUUGGUAUGGACAUUACAACAGUACCAUUUCCACAUUGGCAAACUAUAUGUUAUCAAGUAGCAUUAUUUUUUGUAAUGGAAGAUACUUUUCAUUAUUGGUUCCAUAGACUGUUACAUUAUGGUCCUUUUUACAAAUAUAUUCAUAAACAACAUCACGAAUAUUCUGCUCCAUUUGGUUUGGCAGCAGAAUAUGCACAUCCACUCGAAGUACUUAUUUUAGGUACAGGCACAAUAGGAGGACCAUUAUUAUGGGUAUCAAUUACGCAUAAUUUACAUCUUAUAACAGUAUUUAUUUGGAUUAGCUUAAGAUUAUUUCAAGCUAUUGAUGCACAUUCUGGUUAUGACUUUCCUUGGUCCUUAAGGCACUUUUUACCAUUUUGGGCGGGAGCUGAACACCACGAUUAUCAUCAUAUGGCUUUCGUUAAUUGUUUCUCUACAUCAUUUAGAUGGUGGGAUUAUUUAAUGGGUACUGAUUUAAAAUAUAAAGCUUAUAGACAAAAGAGACAAACGCAAGCUGAUGAGUUAAAAGCUGCCGCUGCUAACGGUAGUACGUCUGCUUCAUCUGAUAUUAAGAAAACUAAUUAAAUAUUUAUUUGUAUUUGGAUUAAUUGUAUUUUGUAUAUCAUUUAUUAUCUAAAAUGUAAACAAUAAUGAUUUAUUUUGUUUUAAACCAUAAAAAUUAAAAG